UAGAUGCUUAUACAAAUGUGGUUGUUCGCGUGCGAGGACACGGGCGAGGUCACCGGGAGUCCGUUACAGUCCGUCCAGCCCGACACCUCUUCUCCGAACUUAUUACGACAGAUGGCCGGCUCGGGAAGGCGGGAGCUCGGCCCGGAGAGAUCGACCUCCGAAAUGCGCCCGAGAUCGCAUUCUUUCGGCGGCGCGGGCGCAUUCCACUGCGCGCCGAGCUGCGCGCUGCGUCAGUCGACGCGCGCCCUUUUGGGGGUUAAGAUGUGUCCGUCGCGGUCGCUCAAAAUGUGGUCCCAGCCGCCUGUUCCCGAGCUCGAACCCUUCCGAGAGCGCGCGGCCACGGUCAGCGCCUGGUGCAAAGGCUGCUUCGGCAACCAAGUGGCGAAGAUGGUCCGCGAGCCGGAAUACGGCGUCCGCGUCGAUCCUACGUCCACCCGGCCGGCCGGCUUACGCGUGCGCGACGAACCCCAGUACCAAAACUUGGAGGAACUCCGCAAGCGUCCCGAGUACGCUAAUCUAGACGAGAUCAGUCGCGAGUUUGGCUAUCGCCUCUGCCCUGAAGGACAGAAUUUAGAGGAUGAGGCGAUCUAUGAAAACAUUUUGUCGGUGCGUCAGAUCCGAUCCGCGGAAGUGAGAUUAGUGCCGAUGUCUGAAGUGCCGUUUUAUGAAGGACAAGGAUAUGUGGCUACGCAGGUCCUGAGCAGGAAUGGGACUUUUCCGCAGUGUCCACCCCACACUUGGAGCCGGCUGCACCAUGCUGUCCGGCACACUGGAUCCUUGAGGGUCUUUACUGCGAAGAAGGAGAUGUACGAUGUGAAAAAGCAGAGGCUGUGCUUGGCUCAAGACGAGUACAAACAUUUGAACAAUGCCCUGUCUACGCUGGGUGCCUCUCGAACAAGCUUAUGUUCAUCCACAACUUCCGUGACGACGACGUCCACCACGUCACGUCACGAUCCGGACCUGCUCCGAUCAGAAGUGACGCAGGCAAGAGGCCGCGUUGCGCAGCUGAGGAAAGAGUUGAGGCAGGCGAGAGCUGAGGUAGCAUGCGCGAGGCGAGGCGUGGAUACGCUUGCUGAAGUGGAACAAAAGCUUAGCGCCCAACAAGGAUGCUACAACAUCACCGAAGCUCAGGCGAUCAUGACAGAGCUCAAAAACAUCCAAAAAUCCCUCACCUCAGGAGAGAAAGAGAGAGCAGACCUCAUGCAAUCCUUAGCCAAACUCAAGGAUGACUUGACGAGAUUACAACUCGGAGAUGCCUCUCCAGACCUUUCAACUUUAAGCCUUCCUCAAGAGAAACUUAGCACUGCCUCACAAACAGACUUAUGUGCAGACCUAGUACCAAUAGGUACACGGUUAGCAGAAAUGGCAAGAGUACGCUUACAAUAUGACGAAGCUAGAAAAAGAAUACAACAGAUCCAACAACAAUUAGCAGAUUUAGAGGACAAAGUCCAACCCGGUCAAGCGGAGUCUGACAAAGACCGCUUGCUAUUAUUCCAAGAGAAAGAACAGCUGCUUAGAGAACUUAGAAGUAUAACCCCUAGAACACGAUCCAAACAGGAAAUGACUGACAUACAAAUUGAGUGUAAAAGAUUAGAACAGGACUUGAAAAACGCCUUUGAGAUGUCAAAUAAGUGUAUAGCGGAUCGAUUGAGGCUACAUGAAGAAAAACAACUGUUGCUUCAACAACUAAAAGAUGCUUUAACGUCUAUGACGACUUUGGAAGGGCAGUUGAAGACUUUAUCAGCGAGCACACUGUCGGUUUCAAGUAGUUCGAGCCUCGGGUCUCUUUCUACGGCGAGUAGCAAAGGAUCUUUGAGCUCUGGAAUCAGUUUUACUGAUAUAUACGGGGGCUCACAGAUUGCUAGCUCAUUCCAAGCAGAUAAGCCUAUUGAUAUGGUUGACCUGCAUAGAAGAGUUGAGAGGUUACUCCGCGGAACAAGCUACACGGCCGAAAGCGCGACGCCCGGAGCCGGCAGCGGCUCCCAGCCCUCGCUGUCACCACGCAGCAGCCUGUCCUCCGCCAGCCCUCCGCCCCCUCCCCCGUCAUACAGCCAGGUGGAGAUGCAGAGGCGCCAACAGAGGGAGCUGGAGGAGAAGCUAGCGGAGAUGAGGAUAGGCGUCGCGGGACUUAAUGAGAUCACAGGCCUUGCGACAAUACCAGUACAACUGCAAGGCCCGGGUCGGCCUUGUGAGCCGCUGUCGCCAAUAUCAGAGACCCCGCCACCGCCGCUCUCGCCCAGGACUCCCUCAUCUAGUGGUACAAACACUAGAUCAGUGUCGGCAGCAGUAAGCGACGAGUCGGUGGCUGGAGAUUCUGGUGUGUUUGAGGCGGCGCAAGCAGGCGAUGCCAGCGCAGUGAACAGUACGCAAAUUGAGAUCAAAUUGCGCUACUGUAUUGAGGACAGCGCGCUGGAGAUCAGCAUAUUGCGGGCACGGAACCUCAACGCACUUUUCAUUGAUGUUGGCACUGAAGUUGCGGUGCUAGGUGCCUUAGUAAUCGGCGGUGGAACGUGCGGCAUCACGUUCAGCAGCGCGGCGCUGCCGUGGCGCGGCACCACGCUGGCGUGGCGGCACGCGGCGCGCGCCCGCGUGGCCGGCGCCCGCGCUCUGCGGGCGGCCACGCUGCAAGUCAAUCUCGUGUGCCGGGCUGAAUGCUUGGGUUGCGCCCAAGUGAGUCUAGCGGAUUUCGACCCCGACGCGGUGUCCCAGAAAUGGUACAACGUGUUGAGCUUCAGAUGUAUGAGGAGGGAUGAGAGCUCGGAUGAAUCUACGGUGAUAUCUUCGCAGACGUCUACUCUCACUAGGAAUAGAGGUCCAGAGAGUAUGACCGGUGCGGAGUGCAACGUGGAUUGCGGAGAGAACUCUGCCUCUGAAGAUGAGGAGUCUAGGGAACCACUUAAUCAGAUAGUGGAAGAGGAUUCCCUAGAAGACUACAUUCCCGAAAACGAACUAGCGUUAGAAGAAGAGUACCUACACCCGUCCACGGCCGAGAAAGAGACGAAUACUGAGUGCAACUUCUGCCCGGAGGGAGCGAGACAGCUGCAUAGGAGAAAAAGUCCACAAGUAAGCGCCACUCUGGAGGAGCCACUGGCCACGAUCAAGAGGUCUCAGACCUUCUCUCCGCAGCCUCAAAGCAUCGGAAAUAGACAGUAUAUUUGCAGACUGAACCGCUCCGAGUCGGACUCGUCCAUGGCGUCGCGCGCGCGCCGGCCCGCGCCGCCGCCCGCCGGCAUCCCCUUCGACCGCAGCGUGCGCGAGCGCCGCUCGCUCAGAUGGGGCCGCGUAGCGGGCGGCGCGGCGCGGCGCACGCGCACCCGCAGCGCGCGGACCUCGCUAGAUCUCGCACUGGAUCUCAGCGCGCAGCAUACCAAGCUCGCCGACCUGAGAACCGAGAUCGCCCACUUGAACCAGCUUAAGAAAAGACUAGAGGAGGCGUGCGCCCGCGGCGACCCCGCCAUCGCCAUGUGGGUGGCGGAGGACGAGGCGCUGCGCCGCCUGGUGGCGCCGGCCGAGCCGGGCCGCGCCGCCAAGCUGCUGCACCGCACGUGCCGCGAGAUCUACCGCCUGCGCAAGUCGCGCCAGGGCGGCCGCCGCCCCGACCUCGUCACCUUCAAAGAAAAAAUGGCUUUCUUCACCCGCCCAAAAUCGACCGUGCCGGUUCUAGACGGGGAGGCCGAAGAGAUCUCGGAAGACGAGUGGGAAGAAGAGCUCGAAGAACGCCGCACUCCCGACGGACGCUCCUCCAAGACCUCUUACGAACUUCGUCGAGACCAACGGUGCAAUGACGUCAGGGAAGAAAAAACGGAAACAACGGAAGAAGCGGCGAAAGACACUCAAGAAGUAGUCGAAUGCAAGAACCCCUGCCUGAAUCGGCUAGAAGCUGUCCAGGACCAGGAAAAGACUGAAGAAGAUAGGUAUGAAUUUGUUGUAGAUCGAGUUUUAGGUGUUCAAGUCUGAAUGUAUGGAUCGGUAAGUGUAAAUUGAUUUAGAAGGUCCAGAAUGGAUGUGUUUUUAAGAGUAUUCAAAUGGUUAUUUUAUGCAACGUGGCAAUAUGAAAUUAUUUUAUAAUGGAUUGUAUAGUUGCAUGAAAUAAUUAGUUGACCCUUGAGUUGUAGGAAAGAUCUUCGUAAGAAAGUUAGGGCACCAUAUAAAAAUAAUAAUAUUGCAAAUUUGUUCUGUGAUUAAUAUUGCCUAUUGAGAUUUCUGGAAUGAAGACUGACGAAAGAUAAGCUAUUAUGUAUUAUUAUUGGAAAUCUGGUUAUAGAUGCGUUCGUCCAUAUGAAAAAUGGCGUUAAGUUUGCUCUAGAAUGCAUUAUAAUGCCUUUCGCCACAAGGACGGACGGACACUAAAUAGUAUCGUGCAAAGUAGAGUGCCAUACAGAUGAAUCUUGAAGAAAAUAUGUAUGUAUAAUUUCUAUACAUUUAGAUUCAAUUGGUAUAAAAGGAAAUAAGUUAAUGUCUUUUACACCAAUGGAGUAUAAUCGUAUGUAUAUUAAAAUGGACCUUAUGUAUUGUACAAAAACGUGCCUUAUUAUUGGUGCCUUGGGAGACUUGUGCCAUAGAAAGGCAUUGUGGGGGUACAAAUAGUUGUAUGGAGAGUCACAAAAUAUAUGCCAAACAUUUUAAUGUAAUGUAAUUAGACGGUAUACGGCGGUUAUGCGACUAUUUCAUUUUGUAAAUACGUAAUGUCUUGAAGCGAUGGCCCACCGAAAUAGUUUGCUAUUGAAUGAUAUAGGUAGUUUUCCACCGAAAUAUACGGAGUGAAUAAAUGGAAGUAGGUUAUUAGCGCUUGCGUGACAGAUCCUUACAUUUAUUGCACUCAAAUUGCGUAUAACAAACGAAUAUUCCCGAAAUUAUAGGAGUUUUAUAGCAUGCGUGCGUUGAUAACCUACUUCUAUGUUCACUAUGUAAUAUGAUUUGAAAGGCCAAAAAUGCUUUUGUAAAUACAGGCUGCAUAUUUGUUAACAUUUCGCUUCUCUUACAGCAGUGAGAAGUUUGGACAAAAACGUAUCAUUUUCAAGAAUACAUUUCAUAAACGAGGAACAUUUUAAUCGUAUUUUCCAAUCUAUGUUUACACAAUGUUUUUUUUUUGUGUCAAGAGAAGCGAUUUGUGUUUGGAACUUGCCGAGUGGACGCGUUUCUACGUGCAAUAUUGAACGUAAAUUUUAUAUUUUAUUUAAUUCCACUUCUUUGUUUUAUACUGAGAUCUGACUCACACGGCGUUUUUAUUUAAAUUAAAUUUUAAACGUGAAAUUGAAACGUAGAUUAUUGUAAUUUAUCAAUUAGGUAACUUACUUUUAUUUGUAAAUUUUGUAUUAUAGUAGUUAUUAUUUUGUAAAUAGUCUGAGAGUAAAUACUUCAAGAAUUUGCAUAUCUGUAUUUAGUGGUUUAUGAAAUAUAAUUUUAAUUGUUAGCAAUAUUAUUCGAUGUUAAGUAUUUUUUAUAACAUUAGUCUACUAGAUCUAGUAGUAAUGUAAUUAUUACAUUUUUGUAAAAAAUGUAUAUUUUAUAUAAACAUUUACGCGGAGUUUUAUACAUACUUUUGUAUUUGUUACGCAGGUGAAUUUGGAUUUGCCAAAUUAACAUAAUUAAGUCUUGUUUUAAUUCUUCCAUUACAGAAAGGGUUGAUCAUAUUUUGUAGAAGCUGACUCAGGUCGAUAUCGGAAGUGAAAAUAUAAAUGAUAAAUUAAU